GUGUAAACAAAGCUGAGCCUCCAGAGGCUACAGGGCGCUACGGAGACACGGACACAGCUCGCGUCUGCACCUGGUUUUACCUCCGCCAUGAGCGUGAGAACGUACAGCGCCAGGGUUCGGGUCGGGAACUGGAGUGAAGAUGUGACCCUUGAAGAGGACACUCUGAAGGAUUUCUUAGACAAGAAGGAAAAAGGAGAACUGAUUGUCCAGAGAACAGGGUUCCUGAGGCAGAAUAUUCUGAAGAAGAUCGACUUGUCAGUGACGAACGACGGGCUGGUUCACUUUGGGGACGUGAUAAUGCUGGUGAACCCGGACUCCGCCAGCCUGGACUCCCCUUGCGAGCCAGCAGCGCUCGGCAUGAACACGGAUGCGAGCGAGCUCCGCGGGGCCUCCUUUGUCUGCGCGCCCUGCGAAGUCAGCGCCAGCAGGAGCCUGACACCUUGCGUAAGGAACGCGUUUGUGAUCACGAGUGUGGACGGGAGUCCCGUAGGAGAGCCCCUGAGAUACAAUCAGAGCUUUUCUCUUCAAACCACAAAAGGCUUUGCAGGAGAAUUAUAUUUAGCAAGUGAUCAUAAAACAUUCCAAAAAUGUGCAAAGAAAUCCAGACUACAAGAGGUGAUCCUGACCGAUGAGCCCUCAUUCCUGACGUGGUGGCAGGCAGUAUACUACGACCCUCAAGAGCGCAUUGAAUAUGAAGGAUUCCCUGUGCCAGCGAAUUCAAAAGUGCUUAUCAGUCAUUGCAAGACAAAUCAAUGUUUAGCCGCCCUCAGAAAUUAUAUCAUAUGGACACCUUACGGAAAAGAAUAUGAAGUCACAGCUCAGACCUUUCUGGAUUCCCACAAGGCCGAGCGUGAGGUUAACCACUGGAGCUUCGUUACAGCAAACCCUAGCAACGAAGGGCAGACGAUUCCUGACAGACCCGGGGCGAUGGCAAAUAUGACCCCUACAGAGAACACGGAGCCCCAGCACAAAACCUGAGUUAACAAAAAUAUAAAAUGGGAAUAUCCUAAAUCAUUUAGUUAAUUCUAACUCGAUUAACCUAACGUUAACUGUAAGGAAACUAGAUCUAUUGAAGGUGAGAAGAAAUAAAACAUGGAUGAAAAUAAAUUCAAUGGGAUGCUUAUUACAGUUUACAGACUCUUCAUUUGGUACAGUCUAGCAGUUUUCUAAAGGCAGUUUAAAAUAAAGGAUGAAACAAUGAUAAGGCAGACUUUAUGGUCCUUCUCUGCAGAACAUGAAAAUUUAAAAUGUUGUUUCACCUCAAGAAAUAUUCACAACAGGACAUAGAAUUAAAAGCUUUACCAGAUCAA